AAUUUUGUUGACAAUUUAAUUGCUUUUAAUAAUUCAGUUAUUUUUGGCAGAAUUAUAUAAAGAUGUUUACAUAAAGUUUAUAUAUACAAAUUACCAGAAAGUAUUCUCCUUUAUGCAAACUUAAUUCUCCAUCGACGGUCGUGAGAAAAUCAUUUAAAACUCUGGUCAGUAUUCCUGGUUCCAUACUUCCUAAGCGUGAUUAAAAUUAAUCUUGUCUAUAAUUUUGACUGAUUCCGAGAAAUUGCAAUUCGUAUUUCUGGAACUAACAAUCGUCAGCUUUCUGAUAAGAACUAGUCACGUGGCAGGAACGUCUGUGCCGAAUUACGAUUCUUAAAUUUAACGCGCGCGAACAAACGCAAAUAUUUCAGUAAAAGAAAAAUUGUAUCAUAGUGUUGAAAACGUUUAGUGCGGAAAAAACUAGAAUUAUUUCUUAUCAUUUCUCAUAAAGUUAUUGUCCAUUAAAAUAGACAGCACCUGUUGUAUUUAUUUUGGUUUGAAAAUUACACAACCACUUGUUUUGUUUUCUGUAAAUACGUAAAAUACACAGGAGUAUAACUUGAUAUUGUUAUUAUUGUAAAUAUUAAUUAUUGCGAUGUAACAUAAUUUCUUUUUUGUUAUUUGAUAGUCGACAUUUUAGUUUAAUGUAAAUGUAUCAACAUGAUAAGGUUAAGGAAUUUACAUAUUUGUAAAUUUAAUUUCAUGUUAGAAAUAAAUACGUAAAUUUAAUUUCAUCAUACCAACAUUGUAUGUUUAUAGGUAAUAUGUAUGUUGAAACAUAGAAUAACUUUUUGUACAAAUAUAUUAAGAUUUGCAAAUAAUAUUGAGGUUAUAAUAUUGUGUAGAUAUGUAAUAUAUCAUAAAUUAUCUGUACCUUAGUUUAAAAGAUACACUAAUUAAUAAACGUUCAUUAAUUAUUUUAUAACAUAUAUUGAACAAUGCAGUGCCUAAAAAGACUUUUCCAUAUUGCACAAAUUAAAUCUAAACUUUAUAAUAGUAUAAAUUUGAUACACAGAAAAAGACAAUACAUUGAACUAAAUUUUGUCUACCGACUAAAACAUGUUUCUAAUAUGGAGUUCGAAGGAUACGAAGAAAGUGAAGAAGAGAAGGAAAUUUAUAAACAAAUAUCUGACAUCUACUUAGGGACAAUGGAUAAUCACAGUGUAUUUAUUUUACAACCAUAUAUAAAAUGGGGUGUUGAAAAGAAAAAAAACACUACCCGUGAAUUACAAUUAGCAGAGGCAAUAGCACUUAUUAAUACAUUACCAAAUUGGUCUAUUGCUGGUAAGAAACUUGUUCCUUUAUUAAGUUUGCAAAAAAAACAAUUAGUUGGCAGUGGAGCUUUAGAAACUUUGAAACAAGAAAUUAAAAACUGUCCAAAAGUAACAGCAAUAUUUGUUAGUACAAACUUACUGAAAUUUAUACAAGUUGCUGAAUUGCAAAAGGCUUUUGGUUUACCAAUUUAUGACCGGUAUUCCAUAGUCAUUCAUAUUUUCCGUGAACAUGCGAAGACUCGAGAAGCAAAGUUGCAAGUGGCCUUAGCAGAGAUUCCAUAUAUAAGAAAGAAAAUGGUAGAUUUACAUACUUGUCAUGUAGGAAGGAUAUACAUGGAUGAAAAAAAGAAGAAAACACUUGAGGCCAGGGAAAAAAAAUUAAAACAUGCACUAAAAAAGUUAAAAGAUCAUAGACAGAUGAUAAAGAGACAAAGGGAGGCUUAUGGUUUUCCAAGUAUUGCUGUAGUUGGCUAUACAAAUGCGGGCAAAACAUCAUUGAUAAAAGCAUUAACAGGGGAUGCAUCUUUGGAGCCUAAGAAUAAAUUAUUCGCCACUUUGGACACAACAGUUCAUCAAGGUUACCUUCCUAAUAUGUUAAAAGUAUUAUACAUCGAUACUAUUGGAUUUAUUCAGGAUGUACCAGAGACUUUAAUAGAACCGUUCAAAGUAACCUUAGAAGAUGCUAUACACGCAGAUAUUGUUGUUCAUGUGUAUGAUAUAAGUCAUCCUGAUAUUACUGCUCAGAUUGAGCACAUUGAGAAAACAAUAAAACCUAUGAUAGGUGAUGAUAAAAUAGUAAUUAAUGUAGCCAAUAAAUGUGAUGUUGUUGAUAAGGAGUCUCUUAAAAAACAUCUAUCAGAAGACACCUUUCCUGUCUCUGCUGUGAAAUUAACUGGUAUUGAUCUACUACGGGCCAAAAUAGAAGAAAACAUUGUAAAAGCUGCCAAUUUAAUAACAAAACGUGUUAGAGUACAACUAGGUACUCAAGUUGAAGCAUUGUUACAUAAGGAAGCAACGAUUACAAAUGUGGAGUCUGACUCAAAAGAUCCACAAUACGUAAUUAUGGAUAUAAUUCUGACAGAAUCGUCAUAUUAUAAACUGAAACGAAUUACUAACAUAUAAAACAUCACUUAUGUUGGUAUAUAUUUUUAUAUAUUUUAUUCUUCUUCGAAUCAUUAUACUUAUUAUUAAAUAGAAUAUUAGAAAUGUGCAUAUACAUAGGUAUAUUGUAAUGAUCCUGAGUUCAGGUAAAAAAUAUAAAAAUAUUUACGUCACUUCUUUAAAUCAAUAUUUCUGAAAUUGUGUUCUUUUCAACGGCUUCAAUAAAAUCGA